GAAGUAAAUCAAGCAACACAGCAAACAUGAAGGCCUGCAUUGCCACACUAUUACUCGCAACCGUUUUGCUAGCGGCAAAUCGAGUGUCAGCGGAACCUUCGCUUGAAUCGCAUACCGUUGAAGCAUGUGAAUCAAAAUUGGCUCCUAUUUUCCAAAUGUUGGAAAAUGUAAAAGAAGGUGACAAUUUUAAUUAUGCAAAAUUCUGCACACAAUUAAAAAAGGGAGUCCAUAAAGCUUGCAAGAAGCCCAUAAAUGACAUAUGCAAGAAAGCUCCCUGGAAAUGGCUUAAAUUUGUCUGUGAAGUAAGUAAAAUGACGAUCUAUUUUCAAGGUGUACUACACUAGCGCGGGGUUUUAAUUUUAUCGAAACUGCUUUUAUACUUUUCAUUGCAUAUGCUUAUAUUUUAGGAGUAUUUGGCUGAUUGGGUUUGCAAGUAGAAGAUUGAAUGAUACGUAUAAUAUGUGAUUUAAUAAUUAGAAAUAUUUUGUACUAAAUCAAGUAAAAUAAAAAUUUUUAUAUCCUGUG